AUGGUAAAAUGGGAAAUCGAAAUACAAGCAUCUGGAAUCACUGAUAUUAUGAGAAUAAAUAUAUUGAGUACAUUAAAUACUUCUAUUGAUACACAUGGAUCAUCAAACAAAUAUGAAGUCGCAAAAGAUGUUGUAAAUUGGCUUAAUGGAGCUUAUGGAGAAUAUUGGAGCGUAACUAUUGGUGAUGUAGGUGCAUGGGCAUCCUAUUUCAAUUAUUUUGAAUCCAAGUUCUUGAGAGUCAAAGAGACAACAAUAGGAUGGACGAUUGACAUUUUUAAACAAACGAAAUAA